AUGUCUAAACCGAAAACGCCCAGCAGCAGCGGUAGUGACCGUGUAUCGUCGUUCGCAUCCAACACGUCAAUAUCGCGUGCGCUAGCUCAACACGGCUACCAUAUCGGAUCGAAAAUCGGAAAAGGUUCCUUCUCGUCCGUCCGGUUGGCUCGGUGGAUCAUCAAAAACCAGAACGUGACCACGUUGGCCUGUAAGGUAAUCGACGUACGCAAGGGAACGGAAGAAUUCGUAAAGAAGUUCUUCCCACGCGAGCUCAGCGUACUGAUGAAGGUUCGCCAUCCGAACAUCAUCAGAAUCCACAGCAUCCUGAAGCGGGAGCGGAUGGUGUUUAUCUUCAUGGAUUACGCCGAAGGCGGAGAUCUACUGAAAUUCAUCAACAAUAACGGUGCACUAAAGGAAUCGCAGGCCAAACUCUGGUUUGCCCAACUAGUCAACGCCGUUCGGUAUCUGCACUCGAUGGACGUUGCCCAUCGGGAUUUGAAGUGUGAAAAUAUUCUACUUUCGAAGAAGGGUUCCGUGCUGUUGGCGGACUUCGGCUUCGCACGAUUCUGUGGGGAAGAACAUGGAAACUUUUCGGAAACCUACUGUGGAUCGGCUGCCUACGCUGCACCGGAGGUGAUUCUCGGUAAACCGUACAAUCCGAUGGCAGCGGACGUGUGGUCUCUGGGAAUAAUUUUAUUUGUGAUGCUGAACGCUGCUAUGCCGUUCGAUGAACGCAACGUGAAGACACUGGUCGACGAUCAUCUGGACCGAAACUAUCGCUUCGAUGAAGCGGUGCUGCCGCAGUUGAGUUUGGCCGCCGUCCGAACGGUGUUCGAGCUGUUGAAUCCGGAACCGAGCGUACGGAUAACGUUGGACCGAUUGUUUGAUCUCAAGUGGAUCGAUGAGAACUCGGCUAAGCAGAAAAAGCGACGGCUAACGGAACUGUGUUUGAAGAAGAACAUCGUUGCCGGUUCUACCAAGACUACUACCGGUUGUCGAUGCUAA